AUGAAAUUCUCAACACUCUUAAUUGGCUUUACAGGUCUUUUGGCCUCCACAGUUCAAGCUGGAAUAUUUACCGAUCAACCAUUUGAGAAAGUUACGUGGAAUAGUGGCUCGAAAUAUGAUGUCAUCUGGAAUGACGAUGGCAAAUCCCCUUCGAUAAAAACCCUAAACAACUUGAAAAUUGAAUUGAUGGCUGGCACCGAGGAUACUCAAUUCCCGGUAGAUGUGAUUGCUACAGGAGUCAAAGGAACAGCUCAGAAGGUCUCUUACACAGUGAAAAAAAACAUCGGACCGUCUGGUAAUUUCUAUUUUAUAAAAUAUACCUCCGGCUCGUACACAGCUUAUUCCGGAACAUUCACCAUUGCCGGUACUACGGGGAAUAUACCAAAUUUCGACCCUAAUAAUCCUGGCGUCCCUCUGACUGCUACCAAAUCUGGCGCUUCGACUUCUACCUCGGACGCAAGUAGUCCUAGCAGCACUUCUUCAGCAUCGGCUGCCGGGCAGACUAGUAGUAGUUCAAGCGCUUCCCCUAGUACUAGUGCCGUUCCAAAGUCAAGUGGUAGCUCGACCAUCUAUCCUUCUUCCAAUAUGGCUGGUUUGUCAUUGGCAAUUGUAUUAUUGGCAGUAUCUUACCUCUAUUAA